AAGUCAAUGAAGAAGUAGGACAAAUGACUGACACAAAACGCGAAGUAAUUUCUACUGUCGAAACUCGAAUUCCCAAUUUCGCUCGCGAAUCCGAUUCUGCUUCGGUUUCUUCGGAUAAUUUCGUUGUUCUUUGAUUGUAAUCUUUUGAUGAUUUUCAUCAAGAAUUCGAGUUUACAUAUGACAUAGAAUGCUCAAGACGAUACAGAUGCUGGCUUCGUCAUCUGGGUUCGCGGCUUCUCGGUGGAGAAAACCUCAUCAAAACUCUUUCAUCUCUAUCUCCAACUACUCGCUAUCGUAUCCUGCUUGUGGAACAAGAAGACCCAUCAACCCUUCUUUGUCCUUGCCUGCCAUUUCGACCCGUAGGACUCGGUUUUACAAGGCGACUCGAGCACAAUCAACCAUGUACGAGUCAAAUAUGGAUAAUUCAUCUCCAGUUGCUGUCCGAAUUUCUGCGGACAUUCGUAAGAUCAAUUUCUGUCAAUGGUGUGGUGGUCCAACAAAGCAUGAAAUUCCUGAUGGUGAGGAGAAGAUGAGAGCUAUUUGCACUCUCUGUGGAAAAAUUACUUAUCAAAACCCAAAAAUGGUUGUGGGAUGCCUAAUUGAACAUGAUAACAAGGUCCUGCUUUGCAAGCGGAAUAUUCAACCAUCUUAUGGUCUUUGGACUCUUCCUGCUGGUUAUUUGGAAAAUGGGGAGUCAGCUGCAGAAGGGGCAAUGAGGGAAACCUGGGAGGAAGCACGUGCAGAAGUGGAGGUUCUGUCGCCCUUUGCUCAAUUGGACAUCCCUCUUAUCGGCCAAGUUUAUCCCUUUCUGGAGCAGACUUACAUCAUUUUCUUAGCAAGGCUGAAGAAGCCCGUCUUCUCACCAGGUCCAGAGUCAUUAGAAUGCCGUCUUUUUGCCCUUGAGGAUAUACCUUUUGAUUCUUUGGCAUUCUCGUCAAUGUUGGUCACCUUAAAUUUGUAUGUUGAGGAUUUGAAGACUGGAAGAUUGAAGUUUCACUAUGGUACUAUCAAUAAAAGGCCCGGGACAAGCCCUUCAGAUAUUCGUGCCUAUACCCUCGACUACCACUUGCAGUCUUGACUUGAAAAUAUAUCCAAAAUGCAGAUCGUGAUCCUUGAUCGCUGGGAUUGAAUUUGUUUCGCGUAUUCUUUUUCUUUCCAUCUGUGGAGGUUGAGGUUCAGGUUGCUGCCUGCGAUACCACUUGGUAGGGUCUAUCAAGUAGUGACUAUUUGGAAACAGCAGUCUCCAAUAUGUUCAGUUGGGGGUAGGGUCUAUCAAGUAGUGACUAUUUGGAAACAGCGGUCUCUAAUAUGUUCAGUUAGGGGCCGUUUCUCGUAUUUUCUUCGCGGUUUAUAUGCCGUCCCCCUGUAUCUCUGUUUGUUAACCAAAUAGAAGAGCAAAAGAAUGUAUGGAAACCAUUUGUUCAUUUUGCCUUGAUGUAUGUAACCAUUUGUCAUUGAAAA